GUGAGGACAAUGGGUUGUGCGAGGGAAGCUGCUGGACAGCGGAUGAACAUGCAACGCUGACCGGAUGACAACACAGAAGGAGGAAUACAGCACUGCCCGCACCAAAUAGAAAUGGUCAAGCUGCAGGCAGCGACCGUCGCGCCACGCCUGGCUGGCAACACGAAGAAGAGAAAGCGACAGACGGUUGAAGCGGCGACAGAAGAAGUCAACGGGCAAGAUACACCUCCUGACACCGAGGGUACCACCGAAGGCACCACUACAGUCCCCACGAAAGAGCACGAUGGAGGCAAGAAGCCGCGUAGAACGACGAAGAAGGGAAACAAGCCAUCGCUGCAGCGAAAUAACUCCUCUGCUGUGGUGGAGUCUACAAUACCAUGGCCGUCCGAGUUUACAGCUUUGCAACAAGUCUUUCGGGCUCUCAACCUAGUGUACACGUUCUGCUGUACGCGCAAACAUUUCGCUACUACGAUCGAAAACCUACGAACCACAGUCGAGAAGAACAUUGGCCGAGAGCUGCUGGUGACGGAUGUAGCAAAAGUGAAAUGGCUGUUCCCGCAGGCAGUAAAUUUCCUCUAUGUCGAUGAGACAUUGCUAGAGGUCGCACUCAUGGGCGAAGAGGACUACCGGGGCAAGAAAGCUGCCAAUGAUUUCUUCCCAUCGAACCCCGCCGAGGAGCGCAAUGUGCGCGAGGGCAUGGGGAAGGAGGAGCAUAAAGAGGUGCUCUACUUUGAGUUCGUGGACGGUGACUUGAAGCGGCAUGUGGAGGACCCCGUAACUGGCGAAGCUGUGAAGCCGAAGACCAAGAUUCGGAACGAGGACCUUAAGAUGCCAGUGUUUAGCCAGAAGCAAAUGAUGAAGCUCAUCGACAAGCGGAACGUAAAGUUUACGUCUGUGGUGAAUGCAUGGCUAAACAAGUGCGCUGAGCAAGGUUUUGAUCCUGUGCAGAAAAUGGAAGAGGAGUACAAGCAGUAUAUUCCGACGCCCAGUUACAGCAGAGCUGCUUCACCUGCACUCGAGGACACGUUGCCCAAGAGCAUACCUGAGGAGAGGAAGACCAUCUCUGAGAUCGUGGAAGAGCUCAAAGGACUGGAAUGGUACACAGGUCAGAUUGUGCCUGACGGACAUCGUGUCUUCGACCCGCAACAGCCCGUCUAUGGCGAGCUGAACUUUGAGUUGAGCCAGGAGCUGGUCAACGCAUUGUACAACACUCGCAACAUACAGUCAUUAUACAGUCAUCAAGCCGAGGCCAUCAAUGCUCUCAACGAAGGCCAUAACGUGAUUGUGGCGACAUCAACCAGUUCCGGCAAGUCUCUCAUUUAUCAACUCCCAGUUCUGAAUGCGCUCGAAUCCGAUCCAAACACUCGCGCCAUGUACAUAUUCCCCACGAAAGCGCUCGCGCAGGAUCAACGUCGGAGCAUGAAAGCUAUACUGGGGUACCUAUCUGGCCUGGAAGACACCAUGGUCGAGACUUUCGAUGGAGAUACCCCCUUUUCUGAUCGCAACUACAUUCGAGAUGAGGCUCGUAUAAUCUUCACCAAUCCAGACAUGCUGCAUCUCACGAUACUGCCACAAGAAGAAGCAUGGCGGACGUUUCUCAAGAACCUGCGCUACGUGGUGAUGGACGAACUGCACGUCUAUAAUGGACUGUUCGGUGCUCACGUUGCCUUCAUAAUGCGACGCUUGAGACGAAUAUGCGCGGCGGUGGGGAACCGCAAAGUAAAAUUCAUCUCGUGCUCAGCAACUGUAGCAAAUCCAGAGGAGCACAUGCGGACCAUAUUCGGCAUCGAAGACAUCAAGCUUAUUGACUUCGAUGGCUCACCUUGUGGUCGCAAAGAGUUCGUUUGCUGGAACACUCCAUACAAAGAUCCUGGCGACCCCACGAGUGGUCGUGGGGACACGUUCAUGGAGACUGCGCGUCUGUUCUGCCAGCUUGUCCUUCGCGGUGUGCGGGUCAUUACAUUUUGCCGGAUCCGAAAGCAAUGCGAGAUCCUGGUUGGUGCCAUCAAGAACGAGUUGGAGUCUCUCGGUCGCACAGAGGUCAUGAAUCGCAUCAUGGCAUACCGAGGAGGCUACACUGCACAGGACCGAAGGCGGAUUGAGAAAGAGAUGUUUGAGGGCAAGCUAGUCGGCAUAAUAGGAACCAGUGCUCUGGAACUAGGAGUCGAUAUUGGCAGCCUAGACGCCGUGAUAUCGCAUGGGUUUCCGUACACGAUCGCCAAUCUGCGACAGCAAUCUGGGCGAGCUGGCCGACGGAACAAGGACAGCGCUUCAUUUCUGGUAGGAGAUUGCUUUCCCACGGAUCAGUACUUUAUGGCAAAUCCAGAUGAGAUCUUCACGCGCCCGAACUGCGAGCUUCAAGUCGACCUGACCAACUUGCUGGUUCUUGAAGGUCAUGUGCAAUGUGCGGCAUUCGAGAUGCCCAUUUCUGCUGACGAAGAUGAGAAAUACUUCUCGAAGCAACUGUCGGAGCUUUGCGAAGAUCGCCUUCGCAAGGACAAUCUAGGCUUCUACCACACAGCUGAGCGAUUCUUGCCACAUCCAUCACGGAGCGUGGCGAUUCGCGAUACUGAGGACAAUCAUUUCGCAAUCAUCGACACUACGCACGGUCGCAACGUGGUGCUUGAAGAGCUAGAAGCCAGCCGGGCUUUCUUCACGAUCUACGAAGGUGGUAUCUUCUUGCACCAGGGCAAGAAGUAUCUGGUCAAGCAAAUGUCCACAGAACAGAUGAUAGCCAAAGUCGAGCUUGUCAAGGUGGACUGGAUCACUCAGCAACGAGACUUUACAGACAUUGAUCCCAUCGAGACAGAAGCCAUUCGGCGAAUACCCGGCAGCCUUAGCAGAGCCUUCUUCGGCACUAUCAAGAUUCUGCAGAAUGUGUUUGGCUUCUUCAAGCUUGACAAGAAGAAUCGUAUACUGGAUGCCGUACAAGUCGACAAUCCUCCCAUUAUAAUCUUCAGCAAGGGCAUGUGGCUUGAUGUACCUCGAGGUGCGAUCGAGAUCUUGAAUAGCAGAAGACUCAACUUGGCUGCUGGUAUCCAUGCUGCCGAGCACGCGAUCUUGUCGCUGAUGCCCAACUUUGUCAUCAGCAUGCCCGGAGAUGUCAAAACAGAAUGCAAAGUCGCCAUUAAAGAGUUCUCCAAGAAGGAGACGAGUCGCAAGAGGCCUGCUCGAUUAACCUUUUACGAUGACAAAGGCGGGCAGCAUGGAUCCGGCAUUGCUGCAAAGGCAUUCGAGUUCAUUGAUCUGCUUUUGAAUCAGGCGUGCGAUCGUGUCGAAGCCUGCCAUUGCCUAGAGGGCUGUCUGGAAUGUUGCUGCAGUGAGCGGUGCAAGGAAGCGAACCAGGUCAUGUCGAAGGCUGGCGCGGAAGUCAUUUUGAAGUCACUGCUGGGCAAGGAAAUUGACGUCGACAAUUUGCCUUGGGGUCCCGAAGACGAAAGAACGCCAGCCGGUAUCGAAACUGUCAUCUUCGCAAACGAAGUGAGGCCAAGAGCAGGUGCGAGGGUUGAUAUCAUUGAGGUUCAGCGAGACGAGAAUGGGAGAGACACGAGGCGGUAUAUCGUAGGCGGGAUGGGUGGCGACGAGGAUGAACCCAUUGUCAUUAAGGAUGAGCCGGUGGACGAUGACGACUGAAACCCGGUAUGAAGGUAUUGGUUGUGUCAAAUAUUGCCACACUCAGCUGCGCAUAAAAAGACCCUUCAGUUUCUCAAGCUGUGCAAGUCCCUGUUCAAAACCCAAAGUACGAGCCGGAGGCGCUGUAAAGACUUAUGGCUCUGCGCAAUCCGCAUGCUAAUCGCCAAUGCUACCAUGUCGAGGCAUUUUUCGCAUAACCAUGACCAAAAAACCACCUAGUAGGACUCAUCGUGAUGGUAUUCGCACCUAGAGCGUAGAGUUGCAUCUAGUCCGCCGCUCCCAUCGCGAUGCCACCUUCCAGCAUCGAUGUCAUGCACGGUACGAUGGUGCGGCUUGAGCACACAA